AUGGAUGAUAAUUCCACGCUCACUAGGCGCAACUUUUUUGACUUUCGCGCUUUAACGCAAACACUCCAGGUGCCUGGAAACCGUUCUCAGCAGUUUUAUAAAAAUGCUACGGAGCCCGAGCUGGAGGAUACCUUGGACGUGAAUACAGAUAUCUACUCCAAAGUCCUGGUCACCGUGAUAUAUAUUGCGCUAUUUGUGAUCGGCUGUUUGGGGAACUCUAUUACACUCUACACUUUACUGAUGAAGAAAUCCCUCCAAAAUUUGCAGAGCACCGUUCACUAUCACCUCGCCAGUCUCGCCGUGUCCGACCUCCUAAUCCUUGUUCUCUGCAUGCCCAUCGAGUUGUACAACUUUAUCUGGGUCCACCACCCGUGGGCAUUCGGAGAAGCAGUAUGUAAAGGGUACUACUUCCUAAGGGACGGUUGCUCCUAUGCCACAGUGCUCAACAUCGCAAGCCUCAGCGUGGAGCGCUACAUGGCUAUCUGCCACCCGUUUAAGGCAAAGAGCAUCAUGUCCCGCAGCCGCACCAAGAAGCUCAUCUCUGGUAUGUGGGUGGCGUCGUUCCUCCUGGCCACGCCGAUGCUCUUUACCAUGGGUCAGCUCUACGUCGGAAGUGAGAAGAUUUGUACCACUGUUGUGUCCCUCGUCACGUCCAAGACCGUGUUGCAGGUGAAUGCGUUCCUGUCCUUCGUGGUUCCCAUGGCAGCCAUCUCAGCGCUGAACGGCGUCAUCGCCAGCCAGCUGCUGCGCAUGUUCCAGCAGGCUGCGCAGGACAGCCGUGUCUGCAUCGUCGCGGGAAACCCCACCAUGCUGAGCGUUGCCGUGGAGCCUAACCGGACGCAGUCACUGCGGCAUGGAGUCAUGGUCCUGCGUGCUGUGGUCUUUGCCUUUGUGGUGUGCUGGUUACCUUAUCACGCCAGGCGACUCAUGUACUGCUACGUCACCACGUGGACAGAUAGCCUGUACGACUUCUACCACUACUUCUACAUGGUGACCAACGUGCUGUUCUACGUCAGCUCUGCCAUCAACCCUGUCCUCUACAACCUGGUCUCAGCCAACUACCGGCAGGUAUUUUUCUCAACGCUCCGCUACUUCUUCCUGCCCUGCCGCCGCAAAAAGCCAAAGCGCGUCCUGACCAGGCACUGCAACAGCAUCUCCAGUAACCACACUUUCUCCACCAACAUCAUCAAGGAGACAGUUUACUAA